GGGCUCUCCAGGGAAUCCUCCUGCUCUGGUUGUGACCAUGGGAAAGAGAGUGGCUGUCGUGCUGGCUGGCUGCGGGGUGUACGACGGGAGCGAGAUCCACGAGUCUUCGGCUGUGCUGGUGCAUCUCAGUAGGGAGGGGGCACAGGCAGAGGUUUAUGCUCCUGAUGUUGACCAGAUGCACGUGGUGGACCACGUGAAAGGACAGCCGACUCAGGAGAAGCGCAACGUGCUGGUUGAAAGUGCCAGAAUAGCCAGGGGCAACAUCAAGGAUCUCGCUCAGCUGGAUGUCAAGGGGCUGGAUGCCCUCAUCAUACCAGGUGGCUUUGGAGUGGCGAAAAACUUGAGUACUUGGGCCACCCAAGGCAAGAACUGCACCAUCUCCAGAGAGGUGGAGGAUGUCCUGAAGGCGUUCCACGCUGCCAAAAAGCCCAUCGGCCUGUGCUGCAUUUCCCCAGUGCUGGCGGCCAAAAUCUUCCCAGGCUGCGAGCUGACUGUGGGUCACGACACGGAGUGUGAGAAAUGGCCUUACGCCAAGACUGCAGAGACCAUGAAGGAACUCGGUUGCAAGCACGUGAACAAACACGUCACUGAAAUUCACGUGGACGUGAAGAACAAGCUGGUGACCACCAGCGCCUUCAUGUGCAAUGCCCCUAUUCACGAGAUCUACGAUGGCAUCGGAAAAAUGGUCAAAGAAGUGGUCAGGCUUGCCUGAAGGCCACAAAGCCA